AUGGAGUGUAACAUUCCUAUUCCUACUCUUAUUCCUAUCUCCAACACUUCAGGGUCAUCUUCAAAGACAAAAGAGAAGAAAAAAUCUGUGAAGAAAAGCAAAGGCUCAUCGGUGAAACUUUCAACUGAUCCACAAAGUGUUGCUGCUAGAGAAAGAAGACACAGGAUCAGUGACAGGUUUAAGAUUCUUCAGAGUAUGGUCCCUGGAGGAAGUAAAAUGGACACUGUUUCUAUGUUGGAAGAAGCUAUUCAUUAUGUUAAGUUUCUUAAGACACAGAUUUUGUUUCAUCAAACAAUGAUUAACUUUGUUGAUGAUAUUGAUCAUCAUGAGUGUUCUUCACCAAUGCUCAACACCUUUGAUCAGCAUAACGUUUUAGGUUCAGUUGAAUCUGGACAGUAUUUGCCACAGUUACCACUAGAGCAGUUUUGUUUUCAACAAGGUGAUGAAGAUGUUAAGAGCAUGUUUAAUGCUAGCAUGAAUAUUAGUCACUUUAAUUAA